GAAUUAUCCGCUCCCUUUAAGAAACAGAUGAGCACAAAAAGAGAACCUCUCUCUCUCACUCUUCUCUCUGGACCUAAGAAGUGAGGGAUCCAACCCUACAACCCACCCGCCAAAAGCCUCCUUAUCCAGUACUGCAAGGCACCGCCACUUCUCCUCGCCGGUAAACCGCCUUCCCCUACAAUGAAAUGAUGUAAUGGGGCGCCGUGUCUCGAUCAUCGCCACCAUUCUGUUCGCCUGCGCCAUCUUCCUGCCUACCACGGAUUGCGUCGCCCCCAGCCUGCUGCAUCUCGUCUUCCAAGGCUGCUCUGCCACCGCAUUCCCACCGAAUGGAGAGUUCGAACAGACGCUGACGGCUCUUUUUAACACCCUUAUCUUGCAUGCCUCCCAGGGCCACUUCUACAAAACCACGGCCGGCUCUGGUGCCUACUCCAUCUAUGGCGUAUUCCAAUGCCGGGGCGACCUGGGCUCUGGGGAUUGCUACUACUGUGUGAACCGCCUUCCCGUCGAGGCAAGACGAGGAUGCGGCCGGGUCACCGCCGCCCGGGUGCAGCUCCAGGGAUGCUACCUCCAGUACAAUGCCGGCGACCCCAAUAGUCUUUCAGGGACGACGAGGUUGUACUCCAAGUGCGGAACGACGCCAGCUACCGGCGCGGCUUUCCUCCAACUGAGGCAGGCGGCAUUUUCCGAUGUACAGGUUGGUGUUCAGGGUGGGCGCGGCUUCUACGCCGUUGGCCAUGGAGGAGUUUACACAUUAGGACAGUGCCAGGGUGAUCUCUCAGUCGCAGACUGCGGGGAUUGCCUGAAAACCGCACUACAGGAGGUGGCGGACCACUGCGGCACCGUGAAUUCUGGUCAGGUUUACCUAACGAGGUGUUACGCGACGUACGCGUACUACCCGGUUGGUGGUUCCGGCGCGUACGGGAGCUACGGCAUGGUAGGGGGUUCACCUGAGCAUGGGCAGCAGACGGGGAAGAUAAUCGCGAUUGUGGUUGGAGGGGUAGCUGCAUUGUUAUUUGUGUUCGUUUGCCUUUGGUUCGUCAAAUCCUUGACAAAGAAGCAUGAUGACUAUUGAGGAGCGAAGGAAGGAGAUGGAAUUCAUGGCCGUUCAGGCGUUGAUUGGCAUCUCAAGACUAUUAUGAUGAAGAAUGGAUGCUGACGACAGAGAGCGAGAGAGAGACCACGGUUUUUUUUUUUUUCUUUCUUUUUUCCAAUGGAGAAAAGCCUUGCCGGUUGUAAUGAUAAGAUUGGGGAUGUACUUUUGUGGGGUUUUGCGGUUCAGCAGGCGUCGGAUUCUACAGUGCCUAGUGUUCUGCCCACUCUUUGGAUGGAAAAGUGAGACUGCUGUCGGGCUCUCCACUGUCGUUAAUGACAUUUACUUGUCCCUUUAUAAUUCGAAGUUCAUAGCUCAAAAUUUUUAUGGUGCA